GGAAGGCGCCACUCGCGUCCCUCUCACUUUGUCUUCUCUCUCCAUUCCCUCUUUCUUCGUGUAGGAGGGUGCAUUUCUGAUCCCGUGCUCCCCGUGCGAAGUGGCUCCUCGACUUCCGGCAACCGGUUGGGAUUCCGUACACAUUAGCGUGGUUGCUCUUCAGUGAAAGUCCUCUUCUGACUGCCUGCUCCGUCCCCCCCGUAGACGAAAGUGUCCCAGUAAAUGGUAGAUGGGAGAGCUCCCUAUUCACGCCUGGCGGAAAAGACGCACAACAAAAUCUGUUUGCUGUCUCCCCUCAAUCUGUUCGCCAACGGUGUCACGGCCCUCCACCGUUCCGCCCCGAGACGUCCAGUUGUUCAACUGGAAAACCGAGCGAUGCGCCACUCUAUUAUCCCGUUUAUAAAGCACUGUCUCUUUUGCAUAGGGGAUGUGCUGUCAGAGUCGGUACCCUGUCCUCCGCACUAUUGUUUCGUCCUCUGUUUGUUUCUUUCUAUACCACUCACGGCACCUGUCCUAGGGCAUGCACACGGCAACGUUCCUCAAUCAUUGAGGGUCCGUGUGUACACAGUCUUUUUCGGGGCGGCUCUUCCGCAGUUUUGCUGGAGUCCCCUGCUUCACGUCUUUACCUGUGACUGACCGCACUUCCUCGACAACAUUGUUGUGCGCCACCGAAUUUUUUUCUUCAGAAGAUAAAGGAGCUGUUCGAGCCACCAUCUCGUGUUCUGUCCCCAUCGUCACUGAUUUCCUUGCUGUCUUGCUACGUGUAUUCGGUGCCCUGUAAUCCGUCAGGUAUCCUCAAUGGCGUUUCCGUCCCCUUUCUUCUCGGGAGCGGUCCCAUCUGCAGCAGGUGGCCCGGAACGGCGGCCUAACACUCAGCGCCCGAUUCACCGAGCGGAUCCGUAUGCUGCCUCUCUUCUUGGACGUCUCGCAAGCAAGCUGGCGUCUUCUGUCUCUUCCUUCUUUUCAUCUGCGCCUGCCCGGAAGUCCCCGUCUGUGGGUGUCUCUACCUCCUCGUCUCACGCUGUGCGACUUGCUCCCGUCCGCGGCUCCGCCCCGUCUCCGAGUCUGUGGGGCGCAUCAGAAUUGUCGGCAGAUGGCGAAGCGACUGGUCGUGAGGUGACCGUAGUGCGCCAGCCAACCUCCAGUCGACAAUCGCUUGCGGAGGUGUUAAAUCCAUCUCUCUGGCCUCGCGACAACUCUUUCCACUCUUCCCUGGCGUUGCCGAGACAAGGGGAACCGGCUUGUCUUCAACCAGGCUCUGAUCCCGCUGCGCAGAGUCACGAUGUUCUCACCUUAUCCACGAGCGGCGCUGUCCACUACCUGCAGUCGUCGCCGCCGCCCGAUAUGUCAGAUCGAGUGGGGACUCAAUGGAGACGACUGGACGCUGUUCCGGCUUCUACCAGCGUGUCUCCAAAUGGAGACAUGCAGAUGGGGUGGCAGUCCCAGGUGGCGGAUCAAACGACUUUCGUUCCACGUGCUGCCCCUUUGUAUGGCGACGGCGUACGGGGCCUACAAGUGCACUUUCCUGCGGCAGGAGACCCUCUCUCGAACCUUGAAGCUUCAGCUAGCCGCCUCACUCAGCAGCAGUGGCUUCUGCAGCAGGGGGCCACAGGGCCCCAGCCCGUUAUGGAAGGGACGGUGAUCCCAACGCCUGCACAUACUGGCUAUCCCCCCCAAUCUAUCGAGCGCCCGGUGACUGUCUCUUCUCGUACAUUCUCCGGCUACGCGAUUCCUGGCGAGCCUCUGGCCCAGCCUGCUUUGCGUCCGACAUUUAAUGGCCACCAUACACGCGUUGCCCCAGCUGCAUCUCACUCGCUUUUUCCCACGGAAGAGCGAGUUGCGAGUUCGCUGCUCGCUGCUGGGCCUAUCCGGCGGCGAGGAUCUGAGGCACGAGCGACGCCUGCAUCUGGCCCGCCCGUCCCCGUCCUUCGGCUCCACCCCAGGCGCGACAGUCGUUCCGCCGCAGGAAGCUUGCUUCGGCAAGAAGAACACCUCACGGUAGACCAACUCCAGAGGCUCUAUUUGCGGUGCCAGCCACUGCGGUGGCGCGUGAGACUGCGUGAGCUUUUCCGACAGGAAGUUGAGAGCGCUGGCGCCGUGGGCGUCGUUGGUGACGCGUUGUCGGGGGCCCCUCAGGACCGCGCUACAGGGCACAAGAGCGGUCAGGGAAGCCAGGUGGACACGGAAGGCGUCGUGUCUGUUCAGGAUGACUUGCGGCGAAUGGAUGACUCUGCUGGCAGGGGCACUUCGUCUGGACCAGACACGGCAAGCGGGUCCGCGAGUUGCGACAAGAGUGAGAAAGAGAGCGCAGCAUCAAAUGGGCCUCAAGGGAGUGCGUCUGGUGUCCCAGAAGGCAUGAAAGCAGGCGAGGAUAGGGUAACGAACCAGGGAAGCACGGAGGGGACCUCGCCUGUGAAGGGCGGCUUGUUCGGGUCUUUGGGUCAAAUGGAUACAAAAACGUCCUUCGCAACGGAGCGGCGCGGAGGCAUUCUCGAGACAAGUAAGGAAUUGCCUGCCACUGGCUUCGGCGAAUCGGUGGCCGCCGCUGGUACCACACCGCAGAGCUCCCUUUUCGCUGGUGCCCGCAGACUGGGAGACUCUGGAGCGCAGUCGCUUUUUGGAGGCACAGCUGCACGAGCGGAAGACGGACUCAGCGCUGGCGGUGUGACCACGAACUCAAAAGAGACCGCUCGAGAGCCUCCGGCACCAUUCUCAUUUCCGGCUGUUGGUGGUGGCGCAGGGGGAACGGCACCUUUAUUCUCGAGCGGAAAGGCAGCUGACCAGGACACGGCUUCCCAAGGACGACAGGACUCUCAAAUGGGAAUCAAGGCAUCCGGCUUGGGCGCAGCCUCAGUCAGUGAUCAAGCAUAUGCCACUCUUCAUGCCAGCACCUUGCUGGGCGCGAGUGGUCCGGCACCGGGAUCAAUCUUUCAGGGGAGCUCGUCGCUGUCGCCGCCUGCUUCGACAACGAUGGCAGGAGACAAGUCUGAGAAACAGGGCAGUGCGAGUGGUGGAAGCGGCCUUUUUGGUGCAACAAAAGCCGACAGUGGUGGCAAGGGAGAUACAAAUGCGUCCGUUAGCCAAAGCACUGCCGAGACUCCAGCUUUAUCAAAGCCAGGCGCCGUGUCUCUUUUUUUGGGUGGCGGCAGCUCGUCUUUAACGGGGGGCUCGAAUAUCUUCGGGAAAACACCAGACCAAGACGCCGUGAGCAACGACUCACAAACCCUGCCUACAUUCGGAAGGCCUGCUUCGUCUUCUUUGGUGUCAGGCAGCGCGAGUGAGACUGUGACGAGGGGGGCGAGCCUCUUUGGAGGUGCCACUUUCUCCGCUGUGUCACAGCCUCCCAGUACCAACUCAAAAUUGUCAUCACGUCAGCGCGAGCCUGCUGAGAAGCCUGAAGAGUCUUCAAGCGAGGAGGGAAUUACGGUCAGUGAUGGCGCGGAAGUCGGAGAGACAGCGUCGUCCAGCUCCAACACAGCGAGCGACAGAGACGCGAAACCCCAAGACAGGAGCGCGCCAGGUGGGCAGGUGACUCAAAGCGAGGCUUCUGCGGUGCCGUGGUGGCAACAGAAUGUGGGCAAGGCGUGCCUGGUUCAGGUUGAAGACGAUGGGUUUGCUCCCGACGCAGAUGAUGACGCUGACGAAAAGGAAACAGGAUCUGCGCCGGGCGGGGGGCCAGCUGCAUCACGACACACUUUUGCGACACCGGUCUCAGGUGGGAGCCUCUUUAGCAGUAGCGGAACGGAAUCAAAGCCAGCCACCACACCGUCGAGUCUCUUUGGCACUUAUAGUUCCAUGGCUUCGACGGCAGCUUCUAGUUCGUCGUCUGGGGCUGGAGGAGGCCUAUUUGGAGGGGUGACAACUUCAAACUUGUUCGGGAAAAGCGGCUCUUCUACAGGGAUACUCGGGACCGGCACUCAGUCGCAGACGGUUUCCUCAUCAGCGCCGCCGUCACUCUUCGUGUUUGGAGGCGGGGGACCAGCGAAAACGGCCGGAGAAGCAGGGAAGCAAACAUCGGGGAGUGCACCGAGCGCGACUUCUACUGCGAGUGGUCCGUCGGGAAGUUUAUUCGGUAAUUCGGUAUCGACAGCGGCACCCCUGGCAGGUGGAACAGCUGCUGCAGCCUCCAGCUCUGCUGAGAAAGACAAACCAUCGACAGUGAGCCUCUUCGGUUUCAAAGACAGUGCCUCAGCGACCGAUUCACGGGUUGGCGGGACGGCACCGGCCCCAAAGUCUUCAGGGACAUGCCUUUUUGUCUUUGGUUCGACCGUGGGCGCCUCUCAAACAGAUUGUGCUAGUUCGGGCGGUUCUGUGAAAAGGGGACGAGAAGGAUGUGACAUAGGGGCCCCGGCGUCUAAGAGUGUGUUUGGGGGCACGACGUCGCAGGGUGCAUCCACCACAGGAGGUCUCUUCGGAGUGAGUUCUGCGCCGUCUGCAUCUCUGUUCGGAGGCAACACAUCGUCGGGAACUGGUGGAGGAUCAUCUUCAUCAAACCUUUUUGUUUUUGGAGCGAGUACAAAUGGGGCGAACGAUGCAGCUACAAAGGAAGCAGGACCGGCUGCGCCCAGUUCCAAGGGAGCUAGUCCUUUCGGUACUCAGUCUUCGAUUCCUGUCUUUGGUGGAGGCACAACCGCCACCGGUUCGAGUUCCUCUCUCUCAUCAGUUUUCGGAGCAUCGAAGGCUGACGGAAACGCAAGCAAUCCGUUUCAGUUCGGCAAAGUGCCCGGUGGUAGUAUCCUUGGGGCCGGCACCGGGUCCCUCUUCGGAAACGGUGGAACGACCAGCUCGACUGGAACGAGUCUCUUCGGAGCCUCAUUGGGCGCACCGGGGAGCGGAGGUUCGGGGAGUCUGUUUGGCGCUGCAGCCGGAGGGACUGCAACUGGAGGAUCAGAGUCUCAGAGGCCGGGCGCUGCCCCAGUAGUUUCGUCACCGUUUGGUUCCCAAAGCGCCUCAGGUGGAGGGUCUUCCGGAGGUGCAAGCGUGUUCGGGAGUGCUGUUGCUUCACGCCCUCUCACCUUUGGGGCGACUGGCAUCGGGGGAGGCAAUCAAACCUCUACAGGUCUAGGAGCGGGGUCCGCUGCAGGAAGCACGGGUACGUUCGGUGCAGCUACCGGGGCUGGAGGACUGGGACAGAGUGGAGAAGAUGGCAAUUCACUUUUUGGGCCACAAACAGGCGGUCCCGUCAUUCGACGCCCGCGACUGACUAUCAAGCGAACAAAAAAAUGAAGUGGUUUUAAGUGAAAGACUAAUCGUUGUUUAUCGGGGCAAAAAACGUGCUGCGCGACAACUGUUGCGUCUUCUAGUACCCCGUCUGCUGUAUCUUUUUUAUUUCGGUUAGUACCGAUCUCUCUCUGUUUUAUACAUCGUUUCUGUUUCUACGCAUAUAUUUCUUGAGUCCACCUGAGUAUAGUCACUUUGAACGCUGUCUACUGAGUGUCACGUAUGUGGGUUUUUGACUCGCCACUCCACUUUUUGUCGUUUCGUCCCUAUGUGGGAGGGGGCAAACCUAGUUGUAGCGUCGAGGAAAAUAAUGCCGCAAAACGGACAGGAACCAGGUGGCUGCCGUAGCCAAGAAGUCAGGCGAUACUGAUUCACCCAAGGUAAAUAUCACCUGUAAGACAAUGAGGGAACAAACUGGACAAAGAAGCUUGCCACAGCCGCAAAAGGGGGGGGCACCGAAGCACUCUGUCCAUUUCUCUGCCUUGUUACAGUUCAGUAGAUAUGAUGAAGCCUCAUGGUGAGCUUUAUCGCUCUGCACUACAUGCUUCAAGGUAUCACGGACUCUGAGAAGGAAACAAAUGAGUUGCCAUUAGGGCUCACAUACGUCUACCCAGUCAAGCGCGACACUUUUCCGAGAUGAGAUUGCAAGGUAUACUGUAACGGCAACUGUGUGUUACAAAGCGAGUCCACUGAUUUUCUUCAAGGGGUCUAACAUAUUCCUUUGUUCA